AUGGAACUAGAUGAUAACUAUAUGGAAACAGAUAACAGGAAGGAGAGAAAUAGUCCUGCAGUAGUGUUGAAUAAUUCAGAGUCAUCUGAGCAAAUCCCUUCCCCUGCAGAAGCAUCCAACAACCUGGAGUCAUCUGAACAAAUCCCCUCUCCAGCUGAAGAAUCCAAAAAACCAGACUCAUCUGAACUGAAGACCUCUUCUGCUGAAGCGUUCAGUGGACCUGAGUCAGCUAAAAUGAAAAUGUCUUCUCCUGCACAAGUGUCUAAUAAACCUGAUGUAUCUGAAAAGAGAAUUGCCUCUCCUGCAGAAGCAUCCAACUCUGGAAAGAAAACCCCAAGAUCAUUGAAGGGCAAAGCUAAAAUAAUGAAGAAAACUCCCAUUCAUAACAGCUUGAAAACGAGCAAAGGUACAACUAGCUCACAGGUUAAUGGGAGGAAACGAAGGCGGAAUAGGGGUAACAACGAGAGUAGCAACAAAAGAGAAGAAGAUGCCAAGAAGAUGAAUUCAAAAAGAGAGCAACAAGAGAGUAUCACGAAUGAAAAGCAUGCCGAGAAGAGCCAUCGGGCUCAAAAGAAUCCAGGAAAGAUUGACGAAUCCGAAAAGAGCCGACAAAAACAGCAGAGUACAGAAAAACGACGUGGGUCAGACAAGAGUGUGAAGAGUCAAAGGAACAGCGAAAAACAUGAUGAAAAGAGGGAAAAGCUUGGUGGUUUGAUCUUCAUGUGCAGUGGAAAGACAAAGCCAGACUGCUUCCAUUACCGUAUCAUGGGUGUUUCAAUGGGUAAAAAAGACCUUGUGUUGGGUAUCAAACCUGGGUUGAAGCUUUUUCUCUUUGAUUUUGAUCUUAAGCUUUUGUAUGGGGUUUACAAAGCAUCCUCUUCAGGUGGCCUAAAACUCGAGCCAAAAGCAUUUGGCGGAGCCUUCCCUGCUCAGGUGCGGUUCAACGUGGAGAAAGAUUGUCUUCCUCUACCUGAGAGUGUUUUCAAGAAGGCAAUACAAGAAAACUAUAAUGAGAAAAAGAAGUUCAAAACAGAACUUACAGUUCGACAAGUCAGGAAGCUCACAGCACUUUUCCGACCAGCUCAAGUCCACUCAACUGCUCUAGCCACCCAUUCCCCAGUCCAGGCUAAAGUUCGGGAUCGGGGAGUUCAUGAAGGAGCAAGGGAAUCGCUGCCACAUGCCCACAGGGAUGCACAUGCUAGAGAUCCUUAUGCCAAUGGUGAUGCUAGGAGUUAUCCAGUGUUAGCUCAUGAAAGGGACCAGCAUGUUAAAUACCGAGAUGUGGCAUCUGUAAGGAGAGAGGAAACUUCUCAUGAUUUAUACCUUACUGAAAAGGAAUAUCGAGCUUAUGGUCUUCGGGGAGAGAGAAGAAAUGUGUCUCCUCGUAUCGUUCCUCCAGCUCUGGAAGCUCACCAUAGAGAGUAUGAAAGAGAGCAUCUUGCAAGACAGCCAAACCUCAUUUACCGGGAGGCUGUCCCUGCACAUCGAGAAAAUGUUCAUAACGUGUCUCCUCGUAUCGUUCCUCCAGCUCUGGAAGCUCGCCAUAGAGAGUAUGAAAGAGAGCAUCUUGCAAGACAGCCAAACCUCAUUUACCGGGAGGCUGCCCCUGCACAUCGAGAAAAUGUUCAUUCCGAUCCUCUCUACUUGAAUGAUAGAGAUUACUCAGCUUAUACUCGCGGUGCUAGACAUGAGUUGCCACCUGCAACAUCUGCUACUGCUGUAGAUGCGUAUGCAAGGGAUCCAUAUUACGGCUACUCCUAUUAUGGUUCUUCAUCAUUGGACCCAUAUUUGGCACCCCAGAGGAGAGAGGAAGUUCCUUCGGGAUCUUUUUCUGUUGUCAGGAGGAGAGAGAAUCAUCUAAUUGAAACUGAUCCUCCGAGGAGAGAAACUGAUCGUGUGGAGAGAUUAUACUCAACACAUGCUUUUGGUGGGAGGAGAGAGAACUACCUGCUUGAGACUGAUCCUGUGCUAAGGAGAGAAACUGAUCGUGGAGAGAGACUAUACUCGAUGCAUGCUGCUCCUGCUGAUGCUGCAUCCGGUUAUAACCGGACAGAAAACUACCAGGCAACCAAGGCUGAUGCAUUGCCUGCGCCAGUUUCAUCUCGUUAUGCUUUUGCAGGUCCGUCAUACUCUCUACCGCUAAAUGGCGCCCCUCUGCAUCCCUGGAAAAAAAACUGCAUGUGA